AUGACAAUAUACCAAGCUUCAGUCACAGCUCCUGUGAAUAUAGCGACAUUAAAAUAUUGGGGAAAAAGAAAUACAGAUUUAAAUUUACCAACAAAUUCAUCAAUAUCAGUAACAUUAUCAACAAAUGAUUUAAGAACUUUAACAACAGCAAGUUGUAGUUCUGAAUUUAAAGAAGAUAAAUUAUGGCUAAAUGGCAAAAUUGAAACUUUGGAAACAAAAAGAACUCAAUCAUGUUUAAAAGAUUUAAGAAAAUUAAGAUCUGAUUUAGAAGAAAAAGAUCAAAAUUUACCAAAAUUAUCUACGUUAAAUUUACAUAUUGUUUCUGAAAAUAAUUUUCCAACUGCUGCAGGAUUAGCAUCAUCAGCUGCAGGAUUUGCUGCAUUAAUUACUUCAAUUGCAAAAUUAUAUGAAUUAAAAGAAUCAAUGUCAGAAUUAAGUAAAAUUGCAAGAAAAGGAUCUGGUUCUGCAUGUAGAUCAUUAUUUGGAGGAUUUGUUGCAUGGGAAAUGGGGAAAGAUGAUGCUGGGGGUGAAGAUUCAAAAGCUGUUGAAAUUGCUCCUUUACUGCAUUGGUCAAGUUUAAAAGCUAUUAUAUUAGUUGUAAGUGAUGAUAAAAAAGAUAUUAGUUCAACUUCUGGUAUGCAAUUAACUGUACAAACUUCUGAUUUAUUUCAAUAUAGAAUUGACUAUGUGGUACCUAAAAGAUUCGUGGAGAUGAAAAAAGCCAUUUUAGAAAAAGAUUUCCCAACUUUUGCAACUUUAACAAUGAAAGAUUCAAAUCAAUUUCAUUCUGUUUGUUUAGAUUCUUAUCCUCCAAUUUUUUAUUUAAAUGAUACAAGUAAAAAAAUUAUAAAAUUAGUUGAAACAGAAAUAAACCAAAAAGAAAUUAUUGCUGCUUAUACUUUUGAUGCUGGUCCAAAUGCUGUUAUUUAUUAUGAUUCAAAAAAUGAAGACGUAAUUUUGGAAAAAAUUUAUAAAAAAUUUGGUUAUGUUGAUGGAUGGAAUAACCAUGAUAAAAAAUUUAAAUUUAAUGAAGAUGAAAAAAUUAAUGGAGUUUCUAAAGUCAUAUUAACUUCUAUUGGUGAAGGUCCAAAACAAGUUGAAGAAUCACUAAUUAAUGAUAAAGGACUACCAAAGUAG